CUCAGCUUAUCAUUUCAGAGACUGGCACACACAGAGAGCAGAGAAAGCACAGACUGUCACAUACUUAGAGCAGAGACAGCACAGACUGGCAAACACUUAGAGUAGAGAAGGCACAGACUGGCAUCACUGAGACAGACAUGGCACAACCUGAAGGCACCAAACAAAACCCUAAAAAAUUCUUAGAUCAAGAUUAUGAGCAGCUGAAGGCGCAGUACCUGGCGUCUAACACUCUCUUUGAGGAUGAAAAAUUCCCUGCAAGUCAAGCUUCACUUGGGUCCAACAAACUGGGACCAGACUCAAGUACGGCAAAAGGAAUUGUCUGGAUGAGACCAUUGGAAAUCCAUCCCAAUGCUGAAUUCAUUACCAGCGGGGCAACACGUUUUGAUAUUUGCCAGAAUGAUAUUGCGAACUGUGGGUUUCUCAGUUCAUUAGGAUGUCUCACGCUCACUGAGGAAUAUCUGUCUCUGGUUGUCCCUCAGGAUCAAAGCUUCAAGCACAACUAUGCAGGAAUCUUCCACUUCAGGUUCUGGAAGAAUGGGGAAUGGGUGGAUGUGGUUGUGGACGACAGGCUCCCCACGAAAAACAAGAAAUUGGUGUCUGUAAAAUCAGCUGAGGAGAAUGAGUUUUGGGCUGCACUGCUGGAGAAGGCUUUUGCUAAGCUGCGUGGAUCGUAUGAAGACAUUGAGUAUAAAUAUGCGACCAUAGCGCUACAGAAUUUCACGGGUGGUGUCUGUUUAUGGCACUUUUUCAAAGCUGAUCUCUUCCCAACAAUCCAGAGGGCUGUGAAAGCCAAAUGUCUGCUCACUUGUGCAACUGGGGCAGUUACUGGAAAAAACUUAAUUGCCGCGCAUGCAUAUUCCAUCACCGGAGCAGAAGAGGUUUCCUAUCGCGAUGGAAAAGUCCAACUGAUCCGGCUGCGCAAUCCCUGGGGUCACAAGGAAUGGAAAGGCCAAUGGAGUGAUGAUGCCCCUGAAUGGAAUGAUGUUGCCCCCGACGUAAAAAAUGCUCUUCUAACUCAGAAGGAAGAUGGAGAGUUUUGGAUCUCGUAUCCGGACUUGGUAAAAGAGUAUGAAAGUCUGGACAUCUGCCACAUUGCUCCAAGCACCGGGGUUAAUGUGAACGAACAGCAUUGGAGCCUGACUCAGAUGGAAGGGAGCUGGAAGAAGGGGGAUUCUGCAGAGAAGUUUUUGGCCGACCCACGCUUUCGCAUUAAGCUGGAGGUACCAGAUGAGGACCAGGCUGCAGCGGGAGAUGCGGGGCUCUGUACUCUCAUUGUCGCUCUGAAGCCCAAGGUGUUUAUCGAGAAAGUCCCUGAUUUUCUCUUGUACCAGCUCCCUAAGGAGGUUUCCACUGAUGUCCUAGUGAAGGAUCUGAAAUCUAUGAAGAGGGUACGUGUUAAUGACAGGAACAAAGAGAUCACAGGAAGCUUCCGGGUGCCUAAGGGAGAGUACCUGAUCGUCCCCAACCCUUCUGAUCCCAACCAGGACUUUGAUUUUUUCAUCCGAGUCUAUUCCAUGAAAAAGGGAGGAGCUCCCUGAGGACCAACACAUGGAGAGGAUGCCGUCAGAAAAAUAUCUGAGUAAUAUGCUUGUGUGCCUGAAUGUGUUGGUGCAGUAUAAACCAAGUAAUGCUGCCAAACCAACCCUUUAUUUAAGCUUUUGUGCAUUGCAGGUUUACCUGGAGCUUUUGAAACCUGAAUAUGCAACAUCCUACUCCUCAGAUGUUCUUCCCCUUGUUUUAGCUGUAGCUCAGGGCUUGUGGUCUUUUUGUAGCAAAUUAAUUAAUUCCCUCUAUAUACCAUGAUAGCAGAUAUAGGCUUAAUCGCAUACCCUUUAGUAACUGGUUAUUCUGCACCUUGCAUAUCCAUGUGAUUCAUUUCUUAUUACUGUAUCAGAGGGAGUUGCCACACUGUUCAAUCAAUGAGUACCAAUGAAACAGUAAAUGUUUGACCAGAAAUAUUAAAUGAAUAUGUUAUGGCAAAAAGAAAAAUUAUUGUCAUGUUGAACAAAGCCAUGGGCUGUCCUAUAGAGUCCAGCAGACAGGAAUAAUAA